AUGGACAUGUCCGGCUAUGGUCCUGCUCCGAGAGCACCAGCCGGAGCCCCCGUCCAGCCCUACCCCGCAGGCACCGUGCCAGGCACCGUGCCCGGCCUUCCACUCUGGGGCGCGCCGGGCAUGCAAACCAUGCCACAGUUCCAGACUGGACUGACAGGGCCUGGAAUGACUAUGCCGGCACCCGUGGGCAUACCCACAUUUUCCAUGGCCCAUAUGCCCAUGGCGGCGCCGGUGCCCACAGCUCCCUUGGCUCCUGUGGCUCCCUUGGCUGCCUUGGGUCCCUCAGCUCCGGUGCCAUCCGGGUCCAACGAUAGCUUUGCCGCUGCGGUGGCGGCUGCGGCUGCCGCGCUGAAUCAGCGGGGGUAUGCGCAGCCGCAGCCGCAGGACCCUUUGGCGGCCGCCUUGGCCAGCUUGGGCCUGGGCAACGUGGACCUACAAAGCCUUGGGCAAAGCCUUCAAGGCUUGUCGAUCCCCGGCCUCGACUUGGCGUCCAUUGGCCUGGAAAGCCUCGCGAACCCGAGUCCCACACCAGGGGUUGUUUCGCGAAGGGGCAAGGGGUACAAGGGCCCGCCAAAGGGCCCGCCAAAGGGCAAGGGCGGCGGCAAGGCCCGUAUUCAGGAUCUGCCGGUUCUCACAUCGCAGGAAGUGCAGGAGCCUGGGGUCUUCGUCAAUGCCGCCACGCAGAGGGAUGAGAGGAAAUGUAGAGCAUUGCUGGCGCACAAGGAUUUCAAUCGAGUGGACGACAAGGAUUCAGAACAUCGGACAGCUGUCCACAUUUGCAUCCUGAAAAAGAUGCCAGAGGAUGUUUGCCUCGGCAUCUUGAACCGGGAUGACUUCACAGAAGUCAAUGCAGUGGACCAGUUCGGCUACACGAUCCUCUCGCUGGCUGCCUCCAACGGAAUGGUGAAUGUGUGCAAGGCCGUCCUGGAUCACCCGGAGUUCACCCAGGUGAACUCCAAGGACAAGUGGGGCGCGACAGCGUUGCAUUGGGCGGCUGCCUCGAACCUGGGCUCGGUGUGCACUGCGAUCUUGGAGCACCCGGCCUUUGUGGAGGCGCACGUGGUGGCCUUCAGCUUCAAGUUCGAGAACCAGACCGCGCUGCAGGUGGCCGAGGAAAGAGGCUGCGGCGACGCAGAGCAGGCGAUCAAGAAAGCACUGAGCGUGCUGACGACAGCAGACAUUCAGCGCGCGGCAAAGCGACUGAACGUGGAGCUUCGGGAGAAUGUCGCUGGGCCGUGGUACCAGAUCGAGCUGUAUAGCGGGGACCGGCAGCUGGGCAAGACCAGUGGCUGGGCGCAGCCUUGGGGCAGUUUGCACCUGGAGACCAUCGAGGUGCGGAAGUUCACGGGGUACUGGGUGGCCAAGCCCAAGUCCGCUUCUCCCGACGACGCGGGCACGGAGCAAGAUGCUGCCGAGGAGAGGAAGCGCUACGCCGACAUUGCCAAAGUGGCUCGGUGGUUUGGCUUGCUGCUCUCCUGCGCCAUUGCCUGUUGGAAUCGGGAAAGAUCUCCCUUCUUCUGCAAGGAGGCGUAUCUUUUGGCCAUCAAGGAUGAAGACAAGCAGCACGAACGCCUAGUCCGCUAUUACAAAGGCUUGGGCUUCAAGGUGGUAAAGGACUCGGAUUCCUUGGGGUAUCAGGACCAGGUGAUUUGGGGCGGCCAGGGCACGCUGAUGCGCACCGAUGAGGCGGACUUCAUGCGCCGGUGGACUCCGGUGGUACGGCAGCUUGCCGGCCCGGAGAGGAUGUCGGGGAGCGACAAACUCUGA